GGUGCCGGUUCAUGUCCCGGCUGCUCCUCUUCCAAUCAAGUUCACUAUUUAUGGCUUGGUCCUCUGCACCCACGUGGAAGACCUGGCUCCUGACUUUAGAUCAGCCUGUGGUAGCCAUUUGGGGAAUGAACCAGUGGAUAGAAGACCUUUCUCUCUGUUUCUCUUUCUCUGUGCCCGUAACUCUGCCUCUCAAAAUAAAUUAAUAAAUGAAAUCUGUUAACAAAGAAAACAACUAAGCCUCUUCCAAUUGAUCAGUGGAAAAAUUACCUGUGUUUAAAGAUACGUGACUGUCACAGUAGGUUAACACACGGAAGUGUUGUAAGAUUGAGGGAUUCUGAUUGUAGUCUUUUACUUAUUUAUUAAUUUUAAUGUUUAUUUGAAAGGCAGCACAAGAGAGACAGAGAUAUCUUCCAUCUGCUAGUUCACUCACCCAGUGCUGGGGCUGGGCCAGGCCAUAGCCAGGAGCCAGGAACUCCAGCCAAGUCUCCCACAAGGUGGCAGAGUAGCCAGGACUGGAACCAGGCACUCCAAUGUGGGAUGCUUGUGUCUCAACACAAUGCUGUGAACAACACAUGCCAGUCUUCUCGUUUUUUUCCCUUAUCCACUGGGGGAGAUUCUAUGGAGCUGGAAAUUUGGUGUCUUGAAAUGAACGAAAAGUGUGAUAAAGAAAUCAAAGUUUCCUACACGGUGUACAACAGGCUGUCACUGCUGCUGAAGUCUCUCCUUGCAAUAACUCGGGUAACGCCAGCCUACAGACUCUCCAGAAAACAGGGGCAUGAAUACGUCAUACUGUACAGGAUAUAUUUUGGGGAAGUUCAACUGAAUGGCCUAGGAGAAGGUUUCCAGACUGUUCGUGUUGGGACAGUGGGCACCCCCGUGGGCACCAUCACUCUUUCUUGUGCUUACAGAAUUAACUUGGCAUUCAUGUCAACCAGGCAGUUUGAGCGGACCCCACCUAUCAUGGGGAUUAUCAUUGAUCACUUUGUGGACCGGCCCUAUCCCAGCUCCUCUCCCAUGCAUCCCUGCAAUUACAGAGCUACCGGUGAGGACCCCGGGGUCGCAUACCCAUCCGUGGAAGACUCUCAAGAAGUGUGCACCACCUCUUUUUCCACCUCCCCUCCAUCCCAGUGUGUGUUUACUGUCACAAAGGCACAUUUUCAGACCCCUACUCCUGUGGUGACGGACACCCUGAGGGUCCCCAUGGCAGGACUGGCCUUUUCCCAUCAACUCUCAAGCUCUCGCCUUUCCUAUCAGCCUGCUGCCCUGGGCGUUGGAUCAGCUGACCUGGCUUAUCCAGUAGUGUUUGCUGCUGGCUUAAACGCAACACACCCUCACCAGCUGAUGGUCCCUGGGAAAGAAGGUGGAGUACCCCUUGCUCCCAGCCAGCCUGCCCACGGUGCCCAGGCUGACCAGGAGAGACUGGCCACCUACACCCCUUCUGACGGGGCCCACUGUGCUGCCACACCUUCCAGCAGCGAGGAUACGGAAACCGUGUCGAACAGCAGCGAGGGGCGGGCCUCCCCCCGGGAUGUCCUGGAGACAGCCUUCGUCCGAAAAGUGGGGGCCUUCGUCAACAAGCCCAUCAACCAGGUGGCCCUGACCAGCUUGGACAUACCCUUCGCCAUGUUUGCUCCCAAGGAUUUGGAGCUGGAGGAUACUGACCCCAUGGUGAACCCCCCAGACUCCCCGGACCCCGAGUCUCCUCUCCAGCGCAGCCUGCACUCAGACGGCUCCAGUGGAGGCAGCAGCGGCAACGCCCACGAUGACUUCGUGAUGAUCGACUUUAAACCGGCUUUUUCUAAAGACGAUAUUCUCCCAAUGGACUUGGGGACCUUCUAUCGGGAAUUCCAGAACCCGCCUCAGCUGAGCAGCCUCUCCAUCGAUAUUGGAGCACAGUCCAUGGCUGAAGACUUGGACUCGCUCCCAGAGAAGCUGGCUGUGCACGAGAAGAACGUCCGAGAAUUUGACGCCUUUGUGGAAACCCUGCAGUAAACGUGUCCUCGGGGCCCUGGCGUCGCUGCGGCCCCAGGGAGGGCGAGCCCAGCACUCGUCAGCUGCUCUCAUCUCUCCUGCCCCAAGCCAGCUGAGGAGGCGAUGGGCUCCUCACAGGGACCCAGAAGUUCCUGCCCUCGGACCCCCUGGAGACUCCAUGGCACCAGUCAAGCCCAAUAACAGCGUUCAAGAGAACUCCUGGCCUUGGAGGUGGGCAGAGCCUGUGUCACAGAUGGGCCCUCAGCGGGGCCGUGUGCACGCCCGUGUCACAGAUGGGCCCUCAGUGGGGCCGUGUGCACCCCUGUGUCACAGCCGGGCCCUCAGCGGGGCCGUGUGCACGCCCGUGUCACAGCUGGGCCCUCAGCGGGGCCGUGUGCACGCCCGUGUCACAGCCGGGCCCUCAGCGGGGCCGUGUGCACGCCCGUGUCACAGAUGGGCCCUCAGCGGGGCCGUGUGCACGCCCGUGUCACAGCCGGGCCCUCAGCGGGGCCGUGUGCACCCCUGUGUCACAGCCGGGCCCUCAGCGGGGCCGUGUGCACGCCCGUGUCACAGAUGGGCCCUCAGCGGGGCCGUGUGCACGCCCGUGUCACAGCCGGGCCCUCAGCGGGGCCGUGUGCACCCCCGUGUCACAGCUGGGCCCUCAGCGGGGCCGUGUGCACGCCCGUGUCACAGCCGGGCCCUCAGCGGGGCUGUGUGCACGCCCAUGUCACAGCCGGGCCCUCAGCGGGGCCGUGUGCACGCCCUGCCUGCCAUCAGCUGCUUCACGGAGGCAUCCACCCCGCCCUCCUGCUGCCCGCCUCCCGCCCGGCUCCACCCGUGCCCUUUGACACUGGAGCUGGGGGCCCCGAGACCAAUGGCGGGCGGACAGCAAGGAGCGGGAGCUGGAGGCCCGCUCUGUUCCCCUUCAGUUCCUGGAGUCUUCCUCUUCUUCGCUCCCUCUCUGCCCUGUGCCACCCCCCCACCCCACCCCCAAGCUGCGGGUGAUGACAGGCCAUCCCCAGCAGGCGACGAGAACUCCAAAGCCAUCUCGACCCUCAGAGGCCGUGCCAGCCUCUGCGCGAGGGGCGAGCGGCCCUGGCGGCUGCCUCGCUCAGCCCCGGGGGAGGCGGAACCCGUGUCUCUGGGGCCCAGGCACUGGGCGUCACCGUUGAGCCCCCCCCGCCCCCCCUCCCCGGUUGCUGCUCCUUGGUUAUAGAACACGGUAAAUAUUUAUUACUUUCAGAGAAAUCAGAUAUUUUAUAGAGGAAAUAUGUUUGAGGUUAGAUGCUUUCACUUGGGGAAGCGGGAGGGCCUCUUCCCGGGCCGCCCCCAUCGGGCUGCAGGGCUCGGGCUGGCUGAGGGCAGAGCGCCCUCCGGCAUGGCCGGGUUUGAACUGGCACAGGCUCUCCCACGGAUGCUACGUCUUCCUGGCAAAGCCUGAGGCCUCGGCUCCACAGACAGCGCCGCUGACUCUUCUGGCCGCCCAGGAGGCCUUGGGUGCUAAAGGCAGUGACUCCCAAGCUGUGCCACCCACAGGCAUCGUGUGCAUGCCCCGCUGCCUGGCCCCACGUCCUGAUCCCCGGGGCUGGGCCACAGACCUUCUCAGUGUACUUGGGCCUGGCCACUGCCUCCUUUAACCCCAGGGUCUGUGCACGGCCCUGGCAUUUAUGAGCUGGGCUGACUGCUCAUUGAGAAACCAAAGCUGGGCAUGUGCUUGGCUUAGCCCUUCAGUAUCAGUGCUUGACUAAGUCAAGUGCCUGGCCUCCCCCGCUGGCCCCAGGCUGGCCGCCUGCCUGCCUGAGAGCAGGCCUGCCCACCCCACCGGGCCUCUCAGGGAUUGGGCAGCCGCAGCUGAGGGUUAGAGCCGGCUCCGGAGGACAGCCCUGUCCCUGUGCAUGCUUUGCCAUCACAGACCAAUGUCCCCAGCAGUGGCGGCAAGCUGGCCCUCCUGUCUGGGCCUCAGCAUGUCCGUGGCCUGCUCACCCACUUAGACUUAACCUCCAAGGCCCCCAUGCUGAAGAGGAGGUGGAACUUCAACUGCUGCCCUCUGUCCAGGCCUUCGCAUGGAGAGGCCUGUUAGCCACCGUCUGACACAGUCCUCUCUGACUCCGUCACUGUUAGCCUCCACGGACAGCAGCCAUCAGGGAGAGGCAGGGGAGGCGGAGCCCUGACUGAGCUAAGACUGGGAGGAGCAAAGCAACUGUGAAAGCUGCCCUUGACCUCAGCCCAGUGCACACAAGGAUGAGCCCACGCGGAGUCCUGCGGCGCCCAGGGACAGCCUGGGACCAGUCGGCUGUCUCCCGGUGCCAGAGUCCCUCUUCCUUCUCCAACCUGAUUUGUUUGGAAAUGCUGAGCUACACUUCAAAACAUAUUCAAGAGAUUUCCAAUAAAAUUUUUUUCUGUA